GUUGUCAUUUUACGAGAUUGUCGUUCAAGCCAUGGAUUUCAACCGCGAUUUCAACCGCGGUGUCAGACCAACAGAAAUGGCAGAUCUGUUUGUAUGGGACUUUGCUGGCCAGCUUGCGUUUUACAGCACCCACCAAGUAUUCUUGUCAAGAAGAGCUAUUUAUCUUCUAGUCAUCAACUUAUCCAAGAGCAUAGAUGACGAAGUAUCGGACAGAUGCUUUGCGGACUCUAGGGGAUCUAGACAUUGUCCUGUUAUAGACUAUGUAGAGUUUUGGUUGAACUCUAUUCAUGAAUAUUGCAGAGGAACAACUCAGAGAGGACUCCUGUUAUCCUAGUUGGAACGUUUGCUGAUAAGUUAGAUCAGGCAAGAAAACAAGAACUCGCUAAGUCCUACUUUAAACAGUUGAAACGUAAGCUGGUGAAAUGUGAGACAUUUGAAUAUCUGGCAGAAGAGAUGAUCAUCAUUGACAACAGUAUCGUGGAUCCAAACAUGGAAACGUUAAAAACGACCAUUUGGAGGCUUGCGUCCGGACAAAACUACUGGGGAGAGCUUAUACCAGCUAACUAUAUCACCUUAGAGAAGACUUUGAUGAAACUAAGGAAUGAAGGACUCAAAGUUCUCGUAAAGACCGAUUUGAGAGAAAUCAACAAAGCAAUGCCUGUCCCAAUUGCCUCAGAAGAAGGUCUUGACGUGUUUCUCAAUUUUCGUCACGAAACCGGUUAUCUUCUCUAUUUUAAUGACGCUACUUUGAAGGAUUAUGUGCUGCUGCAGCCACAAUGGUUAAUAGAUGCUUUCAAGUGUCUUAUUACUGCUGAUCAAUUCUGCAAAGAAAGAGAAAUGUAUACAAAAUGGAUGGAAUUUGAUGAAAAGGGAAUUCUUACCAGAGAACUAAUCGAUAUGGCCUGGAAGGAAACUGCUGACAAGCACAAAGUAGUUCUGCUUUUAUUUAUGGAAAGGUUAGGGCUUAUUGCGAAACCUUUCGGGAGUACAGAAAGCGGUUCCUUACAAACGAAAAUGGAUCAUUACUUUGCCCCCUGUGUUCUCAAGCAAGAGCCACCUUUAGAUAUCCUUGAAACACAGGACACCAGUGAUAGCACUUCGACGACCAAGUUAUGUUUUUCAACAACUUCAAGAUUUGUCCCAUCCGCUAUGUUCAACAGACUUCUGGCAGCUUGUUUGGCUAAGUGGCAGCUGUUCGAGCAAGAUGAAAAGCCUACGAUAUUUUGUGGAUGUGGGGUAUUCAAAAUAGAUGAGACGCACCUUCUGUAUGUCCACUUCUUUGAUAAUAUGAUUCAUAUCUGGAUCACACGAGUUAGUGGAAAGAAUGCAUAUCCUGGACGAAAAAAUUGUGAGGAAGUUAAGAAUUUUAUUAUCUCAUUUCUGCAAAAAAGGAUGACCAGCACAAUUGAUGUGUAUAUCAAAUGUCCACAGGAGCAAGCUCUUUCAAAUAAAGCAUUGUUCGAAAGUGAGGAGUUGCUCAAGAAAUCAGAAGUGUUAUGUUCCUUCCAUGGUGGACGCCAUUCCAUAAAAACAAGAGAUCUGACGAAGUAUUGGUAUGGGAAUGAACAGGUGUAUGGAAAGGAUGCUGACGGAAGUAUUGAAAUAAAUUCACUUGAUCGACUUCCAACAGACAUAGAAAUAAAUCGUAUCGCUCAAAAGAUUGGAAAGGACUACCAAUCCUUGGGUCGAGAACUUGGUCUAACACAGCCUGAAAUAGAACGCCUAGAGAUGGAUCAUGGAACUUCGCUGAACAGGAUACAUGGUAUGCUUCAUCAGUGGCGUUCAAAAGCUCUUGAUGAAGCAACUUUUCGCCAGCUUAAACAAGCAAUGCAUGCAAUAGGGAUGGAAGACAUUUUUUGCGUUUGUGGUGAUACUCCCUGAUAAGUUUAUAGGUCGUUACGGAGGUCUGUUUACAUAUUCAAAUGACCUGGUUGAAGUGCCUAAAAGGCAGUCGGAAAAUCUGAUUGGUACAAUUAGUCAGACACUUUAGAUUUACAGUUAUGUAGGUUUUUUUAAUGUUGUACAGGAACGUCAGCUUUGACACAAGAUAUGUUUUGAGAAUGUUUUGAUCACAGUGUUAAACAUAUCACUGUAAACGACCGAUGGAAUACUCCGAAAACUGUUGUAUCAUGAGACAGGAGUCUUUGUUAUACAAAACGAAAAUACAUGUAAAAUUUGCGGAUUUUAAUUUCAAUUUUCAUACAUUAAGACUAAAUAUUUUUAGAUGAUAAGGAAUGAUUUAAAUAUCUUUAUAAGUGUUUAAAAAUUGAUGUUUCAAACGGAAUGACUGACAAACUUGUUUUGGUAAUUAUGGUAAGAUUUUGUCACUUAUUCUAACACGAUCCGCAGCAAUUGCUAUAUAAACAUAUAGCGAAAUCGCCUAUACAUGAAUCUACGAUAAAAUAUGGUUGGCUAUUACAUUUCACCCCCCAUAUGAUUGUAACAUAAGAGAUUCUACUUCAGUUCCAUUACAUACGAAUUAUUUCAGGGUCAAACGAUUGAAAACAGCAUUUCAAAAACAAAUAUAAUAAAAAGUCAUACUGACUUAUGUGUAGGUCCGUAAAACACGUUCUGAUCUCUACGAGCGAAUUCAAUUAGCUUAAUUAUGAUUCAGCGGUGACGUCAUAAAUGUAUGACAUAAAGUAUGACGUCACAAUGAUGUGACGUCAUAUAAAAGUUAAGCUCGUCACUCGUAACACAGGGUCAACUCGCCUAAUUUGAUGAUUCUGUUCAUAAAUAGUUUGCGAGCUGUUAGAUUACUAAUUUAUGAACACUUCUCAAAAUUCUGAUAAAAAAGAAACAAAUAUCUAUACGUUCCAUUGGCUAUACAACACUUUCUAACCAUAGGGGGUAAAUUGUAACAGCAUAUGACCCGAAUGACGUAUUACGCUGAAAAUGUAGUACUGUAAAAUGCGAAUUAUUUGCGUUGUUAGAAUCGAAAUAAUAAAUAUGUUCCAAUAAUUUUAUCAAUUAAUAAAACAUGGGCAGUCGUUUGGAUGCGAAUAAUUAAAUCACUCGUGCUACGCACUCGUGAUUUAAUUACUACGCAUCCAAACUCCUGCCCAUAUUUUAUUAACUGAUAAAAUAUAGGAACAGAUUUAUUAUUUCUAAAUUAAAUUACCAAAGGUUAAGAAAAAGUCUUCCCUAUGUAUUGACUGACUUCUGCAGGAUAAUGUUGUGUUUCAUGAAAUUAAGGUCUCAUUAAUAUGAAACAUAUAUGUACAUUUUUGGUCAAGAUGUUAAAGUGAGAGCUACAAUUUUAUGGUAUGCUCUUAUUAAAGAUAUAGUGUGUAGUCACUCUGGUUGUAUUUUGGGAUGCUCUGAACUUCCGGGAAAACUACUCCAAGUCUUUCAUCCACAUAUUGGGCUAUACGGACAAACAUCAAGUGCCAUCAGCUUUCAGCAGCCAUUUGUCUAAAGCAAAAACCUUCAAGCAACCGCCAUCAAGAGACCAUUUUGGCAUAUUCCUUGAGUGGCUUCUUAUGAAAGGUUUAUCAUUUUGUAUUGUAAAUUGAAGGACUCUAUCACUGAAUAGAACAUCCUAUAAAAUGUAGCUCUAACUUGUACAUGUCGAACAUAAUUUUAUGCUUAUGUUUCAUAUCAAUGAGUUCUGAAGUGUUAUAUUAAGAUAUAUGUUAUGUUUAAAUGAUUUAGAAAUUACAGUUAAGAUGGGAUAACCCUUACAAAAGUUUACCGAUAUAGGUUAAAGGAAUAUCUGUAAACAAAAAAAAAUAUGCAAACAUCCUUCAUUUUUUCUGUGGCAUUUAUUUUCUUAAUCAUAAGAGUAGAUGAAACAAUUUUAUUUAUCAUUGUAUACUUAAAGUUAAGUAUAAAUGGAGAUAGUUCUACUUUAAGCGAGUUCAGUAGAGCUUGCUAUAUGCCUCUAUUUAAUUCAAAUAACAUGAGCGGUUUGUAAAACAAACUUACGAUAUACCGUCAAUUCAAGAAGUUAACCAGAAAUCAUAAUCAGUGAUUCACAGCUUUCUUCAAAUAAAAUUUAAAAGUCAACCCGAAGUAUUAUUCAGUGUUUCACAAUUAUCAUCAAGUAUACUAAAACAGUUGAGUCAUAGUCAUAUUUAUUUUCACAGUGAUCAUAAACAACAAUUUAAAAAGUUAAGCUGAGGCUAAAUGCAAUGUUCCGCACAGCUGAAAAAGAAAGUUCAAAUAAAAAGUUUACCCGAGGUCAUGUUCUAUGUUUCAUAUUAACCAACAAGUACAAUUAAAGAAGUAAACCCGAGGUCAAAUUCGUUAUUUCACAGAAAUCAUCAAGUACAGUUAAUGAUGUAUAUUUAUCACUCAAUACAGUUUAAGGAAAACGAACAGUUUACUUGACACCUUGUAAUUAAGUGUGUAUUGAAUCCCACUUAUCUGGUUCUUAGAGCUACCUCUGUAACACCGGCUCCUCUCUGUGCCACAAAUGCACAAAGACGAAAAUUCGUCACCAGAUCACAUAGAUAGGUCACAAAGUAAUAAGAUUUUUUCAACAAACUUGAAAUCUUUAAUUCAUUUAAAUAAGAGUGAAUAUAUAUAUAUGUAUAUUUUAUAAUAUGGAUACAUAGGAAAAAUAUUUACUGUGUCAUUAUUCUUCAUCAUGUUUAGUUGCUUUAUAUUUCUAUCAUAUGCAUGCUGUUACAAUUAAGACUUGGUUUGGUAAUGGUACUUUUGUUUGUUUUGUUUUUUUAUCAUGUAUAGAUAAAUUUUCUAUACUAUAUACUUUUAUGUACUGCUUGUUAAAGUAGUCCUGCACGUUCGGGUCAAAAUAUGUUCUACAAUGUAGAAUUUGCUUAAACCCUGUUUUUUCAAAACUUUAGAAUAUACUUUGAAAACGCGGCAUCUAAAAAAAGAUAGGUUCGUAUUCUUUAAGUUCUGCUAAUCUGAUUUUAAACAUUUGAACCUCACAAUGUUAAUAUAAUUCGCAUCUAUAGAAAAAUCACAAUUGUUAUAAGAUUUUUGCGAAUGCAAAUUUUGCUACUAUGUAGAUUUUGAUGAAACGUCUCGCAGUCGUAAAUAGAAAUAUUGCAUAUGCUAUAGUGAAAUACAAUGUAUAGGGUUUUGAGAUAUUUGCCCAUUAUUUAAGAGAUCCACACAUUAUACGUUGAUUUAAAGAGUUUUAUUAAAUUCACACAUGAGUUGUCAUUAAUUCAUGAAACGAUUUUCAUUCAUGGCUUUAUUUAAGAAAUAAUUUAUAGCAAAAGAGUGUUUUAAAACUAUUUAUGCACGAUAGGCGGUUAUACGACGGGCGUAAUAAUUUCACGAGGGUGCAGCCCGAAUGAAAUUAUUUGUACGACGUAUUACCGCCCGAGUGUAUAAAUAGUGUUAAAUACGGUUUUGGUAUAAAUUACUUCGAUUCGAAUAUUCCCUUAAUCUAAAACAGUAGAUAAAAUAUAGUAGCGUUCUUUCUUUGUCGCAAUAAAACAUUGACUCACCGCACGUUAACGUGACGUCAUUCUAGCGUAAGAGUGUUUUAACAG